AGGUGCAAACACGUGCAACGCGAUCGCCCGAUUAUGCGACCAUGUUUAGCAUAACCCUACACAGUUUCAAUGCCAGCGGCCAGCGAUUAUGUCACAAACGCACUGGCCACCGUUCGAUCGGUGGUUCGAUCAAACGCUACGGACUUAGGAUCGUGCCUGGAUGUGUUCGAGGCGUGGAAUAGAUUUAUUUGGAGCGUUCGGCGCACGGGCAUGAAUCGUGACGGACUUCCUUCAGCAAGAAACGGGGUGGGAACGGAAAUCGGCCAAACAGAUGGGUAACGGUUGAUAGCAACCCCCUUGAGCAGUCGCUGUGUUGGUUUUUGUUUUUUGGGGACGUUUCGGGUGGGACAAACAAAACAAUGGACGGUUUGGCGUUCGUGCUUUUCCUAUAAAUACUCGAUAUACGGGUAUUAUUGGCUCAUUACGCACUAAUUGACCGUUCAUCAAGCAUCAGCCCGUGCCGAGGUCCCAGUGAAAGUGAAAAGAAACAAACAAACAGCUUAAAAAUGUUUACGAAGGUGUCCAUCGUUGCUGUCUGCAGUCUGCUAGCCGUAGCGUCCGCUAAGCCACAUGUCCUUACACCCGUCGGUCCUGGUGUUGUCACAGCCCAAAGCUCACAAGUGUUCGCCCGAACCUACAAUGGCUUUGUGCCCUUCGCCGUACCGGCACCCAUCCCGGCGCCAGUCCCAGCACCAGCCUACCAUUUCGUUCUGCCCGCGGCACCGCCAGCGCCCGUGUUCUACCCGCAGCCGGUCGUUUACAAUCCUCCCGCGGCCAUCCCAGUUCCGGUGCCGGUUCCAGCCGUACCCGCCGUACCAGCGGUAGUGGCUGCUGCUCCCGCCGCCAAGCUGGUAGCUGCCGCUCCGGUGGCGAAAGUUGCCAAGCUGGUGCGACCGUUCCAUGCUACGAUCCGCUACCGAUCGGUCAAACCAUCUUCAACUCCAACAAUGGCAUCAGUCGCUUCCAAGCAAUCUAACAAACCUUCCAAGCCUUUCGAACGUCAGAGUUCUCCACAAAACCCAACAAGCAUCAUGUCUGCCAAAAUUGUGAUCUGCCUGGCUGUGUGCGUGUUCGGUACUGCUUCGGCUGGAGUUUUCCCAGUGGCAGCUCCGCUGGCUGCGGCAGGAGUCGUCGCACCGUACGCCACCUCCUACAACGCACACACCGUCAACCAUGCGGUAGCGGCUCCGGUCGUUGCGGCUGCUCCGGCCGUCGUUGCUGCUCCGGCGGCACGCUUCGUUGCACCGGCUGCUCCUGCCCUGGCCUACACUGCCGCUGGACUGCCAGCUUACAGUGCUUACACUGCCGCCGGUCUGCCAGCCCUCAGCGCCUACUCGGCCUACACUGGACUGCCCGCUCCGUACGUGUUCUAAGGCACGCGUUGAAGCAGAAGCACAUUGGCAUAGACUGAACAUUGGGGUUCUGUCGAGACGAUGCUGAUCGUUCGUGUGGUCGCCACCUUCCUGCAUCUAGGAUCUUUUGUACAUACCGUUCUUCCCGCUUAACUCAAUUCUUGUCACAAUCAAAAUACAACACCUUUUUAGAAGGAAUGUUCCUAAAAA